CCAGAACCGCCGCUGAGGAAGAAGGUUCGAGGUUUUCUACAAACUGAUGCCAGUUUCUGCUGUUGUUUCCAGCCGACGUGUCCCUGCUUAACCCAGGUCCUAAAAGCAGACACCGACUUCACUUCCUCCUGGUAUCACUCCUUCAGCUCAUUGUGUGCACACUAUACCUAGUGUGUGUGUCUGUGUGUGUGUGUGUGUGUGUGUGUGUGUGUGCGUGCAUGCAUGCAUGCAUGCAGGGGUGUGCCUGUGUCUGUGUGAGUGCGCAUACAUUCAUUCUAGUCAUAUGUGUGUGUGAGUGUGUGUCUGUUUCAUUCCCUCCCAGCCCACCAUGUCCCUGUAUUCCUCCAAACUCCAGUUGAGCCCAUCACGUUGUCCUCGUCUCCUCUGUCUGCUGCUGCUCCUCGCCAACUCCUCCGGGGACAAUAUCACCACACCCAUCACAACACCCACGGCUAAUUGCUCCACUGGAUGUGAUAAUGGUACUUUUGGCACCGAUGCAUCAACUAAGGAGUUCUCAGACACUAGUUCCCCACGAGCUUCACCAGAUCAUCUCACAUCACCGGCAGCAGUGACGUCUAUUCUUCCAUUUACCACCACAGGCUUGUCUGCUCAGUCCCUGCAUGAUGGAUCCAUUACCAGCACUAGCAAUAUAAGAGAAACCACUUCGACUACACUUCGAACAACUACGACAACGACGACAGCAGCAGCGACGACGACGACGACAGCAGCAGCGACGACAGCAGCAGCAGCAGCGACAGCAGCAGCAGCGCCGACAGCAGCAGCGACGACAGCAGCAGCAGCGGCGACAGCAGCAGCAGCAGCAGCAGCCCCACACACUCCAACAACAGUAAAGGCAUCAACUAAUGGAAGUAUUACUCUUACUACCACCGCCUAUGGUCCAGACAUUUCAUCGCAGGCUGCCAUGCCACACCCAAGUACAUCACCAUCUGCUAUAACGGUUACCAGUGCUGAUACUUCAGCCAAUCAAAAUAAACCUUUUGCCUCAGCUACUAGGGUCCCUAUGGUAGAAGUGGCAGGGGCUGCUCUGACCAGGCAGCUCGUGGAUACAGCAUCUUUACUGGCUGUCCUGCUGUUUGGCCUGCUCUUCUUCUUGGUCACGGUGGCUGUGUUUGUCAAACAGGCCUACGAGAGCUACAGGAGGAAGGACUACACACAGGUGGACUAUUUGAUAAAUGGCAUGUACGCAGACUCCGGGGUGUGAGAGAGAGGAACGAUGAGCACAAUUCACUGAGCGUUUUCUUUUUUUCCCUGCGCUUGGAGUCAGCCUGUAGAAGGACAGAUGAACUAAAUGGUAAGACUGGUGCUGUGAAUUCACCGGAUGAUCCAGUGAUGCCGUUCAGCAAGAAGUAGAAACUGACUGACUAUAAAAUGGUAUAAUCCACACUGAUCUCUUUUCUAACAGCUCCUCUUUUUUGUUUUUCUUUAUUUUUUUAAUGAUGGUUUGAAUGUGACAAGUUUUUUGCCCAACAUUAAACAACAUAAGUCAUAACUCUGAGUACACGUCAAUAGCAAAACCUGCUUAUAGCUUGCAUUUGCCAGGCUUUGCCCGAUCUCUUCCAUGUUGUUGGUCAGUCCAGCAGUGCUUACUUUUAAAGCGUCUGGACCAGUCAGGAUGUUUCCAGAGCUCAGCAGAUGACGGUUAUUUUACUGUUGGUAAGGAAUGUCAUGAUUAUCAAACUCACAAUUUAUUAUAAACUGUCUUGUUUUGUUUUCUUCAAAGGGACACCCCUAUAGCACCAAAGCAUAUUUGGGAAUGUUAUGUCCAACAUGUGAUUCUUGUGAUUACCUCAUUACUUCUAUAACAAAAAAAGACAACUGAUAUAAAUCUCACUGGUAAAUAAGGUGUGUAGCUGACUCACAUUGCAAAUUUUGUCGUGUGGAAUAUUGCUCAUGAAUCGUGAUAAUUCAGUUUUAUUAUACCUGAUCAGCCCUCAGUGUUCUUGAACAGCAGAUUUCUGUCACAAGUUGUGAGUACAAUAAAACAUGCUCAUGGGUGAAGUAUUGUUUUUCAUGUGCAGCUAUUCAGUGCAAAAGAAUUCAAGUAUAUGUGUGGAACUGAGCAGCAGAGUUGCUGCUUGGUGAGUUUUGGAGUUCUUUGAAUUUUAGAAAUGAGUUUGUUUUAGAUCAGAUUUGUUUACAUUCUGGAAUAUAUGUGUUGGUGGUUUAAUGAACUUUUUUUUUUUUUUUUUUUUUAAAAAGCUGUUUACAAUUGGAGGUAUAACUUUGAUACCGAAGAAAUCUUAGUGAAAUCUCAGCUUUCCCAUUCCAGUCCCGGUGCGCACACAGUUGCAUGAUUUGAUGCAGAGCGGGUUUACUUUUAUCUAUUUUGUUGUCCAUCCUCUGCAGAAAAAAUGUGGUAUGAACUGUGGUCUUAGAGAAUUGUUAUACUUCUAAAAUAUGUGUGUGCAAAUUACACACACAAAUAAAUAGAUAUAGAUAUAUAAAAUCACUUGUAACUUUUGACAGAAAUCUGAUGCCAGGUUCUACAUGUAAUUGCAUUUGCCAUAUUUUUAUUGUGGCAUUAUAUUUCCCAUCACUUCACCUGUUUCAAACUACAGCUGGAAUUUAUUGAUGUACACUUCCUGUAACCUUCAACCACAAAGCUACAUUCUGAGACUCACGGCUGAUGUUUUUGAAAGCAAUCAUAGUUCAGUAUAAUAUCAUAGCUCAGUAUAAUAUCAGCAUAGAGCCUUGGUGGGUUUUGGCAGUUCCCUGCUCACAGUUGUAGGUGUAGCUUUUGUCAUAACUCGUCUUUUGUAGUCUUGGCCGUUAUUUCCUAUGAUAAAUACGAACAUUGUUACUAAUGUUGGUAAAACUAGUUGGCAGGUGUGUGGAGAAGCAGUAAAGUGUACUGUUUGAAAACCAGCAGAUUAUGGCUCAUGGCUCAUUUCAUUAGUGCUAAGGGAGAGAUUAUUGAAUCUCAGGUGUGCUUUGAGUUUGACCUCAGGUAAAAUGGGUUAGAAAGUGUGGAUACACUACUUAGUUUGUUUACAGUCUAAAGAUAGAAACGAUCAGUAAAGCAUAAUUUUAGCCGCCAUAAACGAAGGCCAAAACUACGAAGAAAAAAAAAAAUCUGUUGGUUUAUGUUUUAACUGUUUAAAAAUUGCUGAUCGGCCAGCCCGGUCAGAGGAAAGGAUCUGAUCGGCGCAGGCGGCUGAUCUUGAAUCAGCCUCUCUCACACGUUAGUCACAGUAAAUGAUAAUGUGAAAAAACUGGAGUCUAGCGAAGUGUUGGUGUUUUCUCAGACAUGAAAAUUCUGCACAGGUACAGCUGCCAGCUAAUUACACUGCAAGAUGUGUUUCCAUUGCUCUGCUUAAAUUUCUCUCAGAUGUGGCUUUGUGUGUUGAAGCCUGAUGUCAGUGGAUCAGGGCCAAAAUACAUACUGUCUGGUGUCUGGUUUAGCCAGUAGGCCAUUAUGCUUGUACAUUAUGUUGUACAGGAGGUUUUUGACUUAGCAACUCCCACUAUAGAUAAGCCUACUAGACUAUUCUAGCUGCUGAAACAGUUCAGCUAUAGCAGGGUUGUGGUCGAAUAGUCAUUUUGUCAUAGAAUGAUUUGAUGUGACUGAUGAUCAUCAUGGAAAUCAGCAGUGCAUUUCUUAUCUUAUUGCAGAGCGUGUUAAAGUGGAGCUGCGAUGCCAGCCUUCAGUCGCGCUCCUGCUCAGAGGGCAUUCAGUCAUUCUCCUUUACACUCUCUGGGCUCUCGAUGUUUUCCACAGAGGUCAAUGAAAAGUAAUCAAGAAAAGAGAGAGGACAUCAUUUACUUAAACUACAACCCAGCAAUGACUUAAGUUAAACAAAUCUUCUCCUCUCACUAUAGUUAAAUAAGACUUUCUGCAUGCUGGACAGUAUUGGGAUUUCUUUUUCCUACAGCGUGCCAUUAGCUUUCAUUGAUGGAGAUUUCAGCAGUGUUCCUUUGUACAUGUCUUCCAGUGAAUCAUAGGAACAAGGCCAUACUACAUUGUUUAUUUCUAUAUUUUAUAUUUUUCUCAUGGUGAAUGUGUUCUUUUUAAAUGUAUUGUCUCAUUUGACUGACUGUUGUGUUAUGGCUAGUCUAGAAUUCUUAAACAGAUUUUUCUUCCAGCUUAACAUGUACCUCACUGUGCUCUUUCCCAUGCCUUUGUAUGAAACGACAUGAAUGUUUACAUUUCAACAUUCCUCCAAACAUGCACAUUGCAUUCAGCAAAGAUCAGACCCUUUACACGGGUUCUCAUAAAGAGAAAAAGCGGUAGAUGUUUCAUAAAGAAUGAAAUGGUGGCGCUAAUGAAAAACACUGCUUUUAUACAUCAAGUAAAAGUUCGGUGAAAUAAGGCUAACUUCUUUCUAUUACAUUAACUCUGGAGAUGAGGCAUUUCCAUAAGUUGUUGCAUCAUUCUCUGGUUAUUGUCUUGGGUUCAAACUGUUUUCAUCCUUCGGUCCUUUUGCAAAAUGGUUCUCCAUGAUUUAGCUGUGCAUUAUGAACAAAGAAGUCGGUAUCCGUGCCAUAGACUGAAUUACUGUUGCCUUUUCAUGAGCAGAUUGUGUUUGUUGUCUUCUUCCAGUGGAGUACACAGUUGAUGGAGCUUUGCCAAAUAAUCACUGAAGCACAUUAUUAUGUGAUAAAGCCAAGGGAAACAUAAAGCCAUUAUCAGUUAGUGACUGAAUGAGAGAGAACUUGAACUGUGUUCCACAACAGGAACACAACCUUUCUGGGUUAGUCUGAAACUUAACACAGCACAAAAUGAAUGGUUUCCAAUGAAAGUGUGAUGUGUGAGUUGUUUUGUAUUUUGCAGUAAAUGCACUCGGCCCUGCCUGUUCCUCCCCUCGUUCUUCUUUUAGAGGAGAACGUUCUCUUAUCUUGUGGCAAAGGACUGAACAUUCACAGCUUCACAUGAACCCAAAAGUGGCACUUUUUCUUUUUUUUAAACUUUAUUCCCAAUGAUUGAGUUCAUUUUAAUAAAGUUGUUCAUUGUUAAAAAAAACAAAAAAACAAAAACAACCUAAGGUACAUAAAAAAAAACUCUUUGUAACUUGUGAUCUAUAAAUCUCAAAGCAGUCUAAACUGCCUGUACAUGCUUUGAUUUCUCCUCAUUGGAUGAUUAUAUGUGAGACAGUGUCGGCCUUCGUUUGUCCUUAGCAUGGAUCAGAAAGCUUCCAGUGCCUGAAGUUUUGUCCCGUGUUUAAAGAUUCUGCAUAAAUAUAUGAACAGCAAUACCACUGCAUAACCAGCAGGAGCAUUCACUGAGGCGGUCAUUUUCACAUCACAGGUUUUAUAAAUAACCGUUUCUGCAUAGUUUUCUGCUUAAACCAUACUUAAGAUUACGAUUGAAUUUAAGUUUCUCUUACAAAUGAUUUUGAAAACAGCCUUAAGUUUUCUCAGAAUUUUCUCUUUAUUUCUGUGGGGGGGUUUUUUCCUGUUAUCUUGAACAGAUUGCCUUUUGAGUUUUCUGUUCUGUCUUUUUGUUUUUGUGAGAAAUUAGGAAAAGAAGAUGGUACUGAUAUGUAUUUGGGUUAUUCUGAGAUCACAAAAAAAUUCUGGUGUGAAACAAAGUCAUUUAUAGCUGUUUGUAAGAGUGACUUGAUGUCUGCAGUGAUGACAUAAAUGUCUUUUGUGGCAGUCAGAAUGUAGUUCAAACUGUAUCAAAUUGUCUUCUUCAAGUGAUGGUUUUCUGAUGUCAAUAAUUUCAUAGUUUUUAAAAUCCUGGAACCAGCGUGGACUGUAUUACAGGUAAACUUGUGUUUGUAGUGACUGAUGUGCAGAAUGCCAGGAAAGGACAGCGAGGACAUCUGUGCCAACCUAAUAAUGUUCUAAUGCACUUUCACAAGAGAUUUUUACUUUGCAGAAAAUAAAUGAUGAACUAAU